GUGGAGUAUUUCCCUUCCUGGCCCCACGCCACGCCCUCGUCAUCAUGAAGAUCAUACCCGCACAACCCUGGGCCAUCACAGGACCCAUAACUGGAGACAGAUGGAGAAAUUCGUAUCAGUGGGUCCAGCCGGACAGCAUGGCCGCCGAGGAGGACGACGCUCUGCUCUUUCUAAUCUACCAGCACCUGAAGGUGAACGGCUACAAGAAAGCAGCCAAGGUGCUGGAGAAACACGUUACUCAGGUGGAGACACCAGAGGAGAGCUCCAACCUACAUGAUAUCUACACAGGCUGGAUGAAGCUGUGCUCUCUCGCCCACCAUGCCAAGCAGGAGACAGAAGACGACUCUGCCACUUUAAAGGAGAAGAGCAUCAAACCAGAACCUGCCACCACCGAAGAAGAAGAGGGCGCAGACACCAAACUCUCCAACACUGCAGAAGAAGAUAAUGUGGAAACCAAGCCUGCUCUUGGGCUCGGGGCAGAUGGUGUGGAGUCAUCCGGUGCAGACCUCAGCUGUGUGGGGAACGACGCUGAGGCCGUCUCUGAGCAGCUGCUGGAAGCUGCAGGUGAAGCUGAAACAACAACCGUGGACAAAGAGAACUCCGACUCCUCUGAUGGUGAAGAGGAAGAAGAGAAGAGGGAGGAAGAAACAAAAACGGAGCAAGAGUCAGCUCCUGUUGAAGCAUCUGCCAAGGCGACUAACCGAGCAGAAGGCUGCAGCUCAGAUUCCUCUGACUCUCAGGAAGCGGCUGAACCCACCCUGGGCAGCUCCAGCCCUGUCGACCUCAGUCAAGCUGCCGCUAGUCAGACUGAGGAUCAACCGCCGGCCUCCAGCUCAGGAGGCGAGAGCAGAGAGGAGCACCAAGAGAUGGUCGAUGAGCCAAAGCAGGAGCCAGAAGCAGCCAUGGACGUCUCUAAUGCUGCAGAUGAAACCUCUGCCUCAGAGCAGACAGCUGUCAAUCAAACUGAGGCCACACCUCCCUGCACUCAGGAGGCAGAGGAUGAGGAAGGCAGCACUGCAGAGAAGUCCAGCCAGGCUGAGCCCGCCAGCCAGGCUGAGCCCGCCAGCCAGGCUGAGCCCGCCAGCUCAGACCCGACAGCUGAGGAGACCAAUGAGCAGCCAGCCAAGAACGAAGCCACGCCCCCUCCAGACCCUGACUGUAGUGCUGAAAAUCCAAAAGAGGAAGAGGGUGAAGAGGACGAGACAGUGGAGGAGGAGGAGAAAGCCAAGGCCAGUGACUUCACGUCUCCACUGAAGCCUGAGAACCAGACAGAGACUGGUGACCAAGGAGACGGCGCUGACCUUGCCAUCACUGACACUGAAAAGGCGACGGUGGCGGCUGCAGAAGAACAAACAGACCUAGACGAUUCCAUCAUGCUCAACAUUCAGGUCGAAGACAGUGACGCAGCUGAGCGAGAAACCAGCCAGCUGCUCCCUGUGGAGGACGAGUCCUGCGAAGAUGUGAGAACACCCAAGAAGAAAAAAAAGAAGAGCAAAAAGGAGAUGGAGACAACUGAAGAAACACCUACCACAGACACAUCCACCAUAGAUACACUCAGUGACACUCCUCUUACCUCCAAGUCUGCCAAGAAGAAGAAGCGAGACAAAAAGAGAAAGGAAGAGGAGAAGCAGCAGGAGGAGGAGGUGUCUCAGGUAACUCCAUCAGAGAAGAAGGCCAAGAAAAGGAAAAGAGAGAGAGAGGAAGAGAAAGAGGAGGAAACUCCUGUCAUUCCCUUGGAAAACAAAAUUAAAAAGAAAAAGAAGAAGGUUAAUGAUGUGGAAGAGGCAGAGGAGAAAGUGGAGAAUCCUCUGAGUCCGGCAGACACAGAAAAAAAGAAGAAGAAAAAGAGGAAGAAGGAGGGAGGACAGGAGAAUGAGGUGGCGCAGUCUAAUGAAACACCAGCAGGGGGCGACGAAGGCACAUACUCUAACCUGGAUGCAACAGAUGGAAACUCCUCUCAGCUCGCCUCGGCCAAGAAGAAACAGCGUCUCAGGAAGAAACUCAGCCUGAAGAAGAGGCUGAGGCUGCACAAGAAAGAUGAGAUCGUGAAGAGGAAGAACAAAGUCCCCGCAGGAAAGACUGAGGCCACAGGCAGAAAGAAACAAAAACGGAUCCAGGAAGCAGCGGAGGAGAUGCCUCGGCCAAAACCAACCAAAAGACCCAAACUAGAUGCUGCACAGGAAGACGACACACCAAAGAAGAAAAGGAACAGUGAGCAAGAAGAGAAUUCCUCGAAGGAAAACCAGCCUCCAAAGACAAAGCCAAAGAAGAAGAAAAAGAAGCAACUGGUGAAGGAGGAAGAUGAAAGCGGUGCGGUGAGCGACCUGAUCGCUGAGCAACUUGAACAGGUCUCAUCUCUGUGCUCGAGCGACAGGAAGAAGAAGAAGAAGAAAAAGAAGAUGUUGAUGGCUGAUGAAGGCGAAGAGACGAGCGCAAAUUCAACUCCAGUCACUGCAAGCCAAGAUACUCCUGCAAAGAAAAAGAAGAAGAACAGACUAAAGGAAAAACUGGAAGAAACUGAACCUGCUCCAGAUGUUACAGCUGCUUCUAUGAAAAAGAAAUCCUCCAAGAAGAAAAUCGUCUCCGAUUAAAUGUGAAGUCAGUGGAGGGAGGAUGACUUCUCUUGGACCUGAAAGCCCAAAAAUAACAGGACAAUCUGCAUAAUGUUGGUGCCUUUGCUCCUGAUUCUUCAGUCUGAGAUGAAGGGAUUUUCUCCUUUCAGAAACAGAGGGGUACAUCUGAGGGAACAUCAGUGUUUUCAGUCUGUUUUACUUUCUUUUGCUCUAAAACUGUGAAAACUCAUACACCUUCAGUUUGUUUGUGUUUACAGUUUAAAAUCCUCAUCAGCAGAAUGGCGCUUUAAUCAUACAGAUUUUUUUUAAUGGCAGACCUGUUCUUAAAGGAAAAUUUUAUUGGAAUAACAUUUGAAAUUAAUGACAACUUCUAGUAGCUGUGGUUCAUCAUAUUAACUUGAGUAUCAUUUGAAAUUACUAUUACAGUAUUUCUUCUUAUUCAACAAAAGCAGCUGUAAAAGAACUUUAUGAAAUAUUUUAAAUUGAUCAAAUUCUGAUCUAAAACAGGAACUCUUCGAUUAAAGAAUAACUAUAUUGCUGCAACUAGUGCUUCUCUUUGCUAUUGAUUAAUCUGUUCAAUAAAACUUAAAACAGAUAAACAGCAAAUUAUCCCAUUGUUGAAGCUGAAAACAGUGAAUGUUUGGAAGUUGUGUCAUAUUAGGGAUGCAACAGAUGAUCAAAAUAAAAUUAAUGACAAACUAAUCGUUUCAGCUCAAAUUAAAAAGUCUGAGCAGGAAUUUUACGCCAACUUUUGAUACUUGUAGCCAGGAACACAUUUCAAUUGGUAUCAGAUAAGAUGGUUAAGUACAAAGCAGCUCUGCCUUUGAGGGAUAUUUAUAUAAUUAAAGCGGCACCUCAUUAGAAGUGAUAGAAGUUCUUACCUUAUUACUGUUAGUCUUCCUUCUUUGGACUGCUGGUUUACCAUGUUGAUGAUUACAACAGACAAGCUUUGCAUUGAUGGCACAGUGAUGGGACCAAGCUGUGAACACAAAAGGUCAUGUUUGAGCAACAACUCCUGAAAAUUGUGAACAGUUGAUCUUGAUAAUAAGAUUUUGUUUCUGUCUUUGGAGCUUUAAUGUAGAAAGUCAGUUUUGUUCUAACACUAACUCAUGUUACAUAUGAUGUAGUUUGACCUUUUUUUUUCUCUGUCAGUCAUAAUGCUGUGAAAUUCAGUUUUUUCUUUGGAAAUGGUUUUGUUUACAGUGUCACUGUCGUUUACACAAUUUUCUUAAUAAGCCUAUGAACUAUGCACCUGAUUUAAUGCUGUUAUUACAUAAUAUUUACACUAUUUGGAUGUUUGUUUGCUUUUCCUGACAACCAACAUGUUCUCCUCUCUGUAGGACACCAAACAUGAAAAUAAAUCAAUCCAACAGUU